ACUUAGAAGUAUGGAGAAAUUGCUACACACUCCUCUAAGAAGCUAUAAAUAACUACCAGGUCCUCCUCCAUCAACCAUCAAAAUUGUAAAGCAAACACCCUUCAGCAAGCACAGAAAAUUCUCAAAAGCUCACUGAAAAUGUCACUGAUCCCACGAAUCUUCGGCAAUCGACGAAGCAGAAGCAUGUUCGAUCCAUUCUCAGUGGACGUGUUUGAUCCUUUCAGGGAAUUAGGCUUCCCUGGUACCAAUUCAGGGGAGACCUCUGCAUUUGCUAACACUCGAAUAGACUGGAAGGAAACUCCGGAGGCUCAUGUGUUCAAGGCGGAUCUCCCUGGGCUUAAGAAGGAGGAAGUGAAAGUGGAGAUCGAAGAAGACAGGGUUCUUCAAAUCAGCGGAGAGAAGAAUGUGGAGAAAGAAGAUAAGAAUGAUACUUGGCAUCGUGUGGAGCGAAGCAGCGGGAAAUUCAUGAGAAGAUUUAGACUUCCGGAGAAUGCAAAGAUGGAUCACGUUAAGGCUUCUAUGGAGAAUGGAGUGCUUACUGUUACUGUUCCCAAGGAACAAGUGAAGAAGCCCGAGGUCAAGUCCAUUGAGAUCUCUGGUUAGGCGCUGUAUCUGGAAAAAAAAAUCACUUGUGGAUUAACUAGUACUAUAUGAUGUAAUAGGAAAAAAUAAAUUGAAUCCGUCGUUUACUUGUUUGAAGUUGCUCUGUUUUUCUAUCCAAGUUUUGAGUCGACUCUGUUUCUUGCCUAAUUUUGUAGUUGAUUGAUGUACUUCCUUCAAAAUUCCAUGUUGACAAUGUAAUAGUGGUGUUGUAUUAUCCUUUUAUUCUGUUCAAA